GAAGCGAGCCGGUGCGCGCAGCGGAUAGACCGGAAUAUUCUCAGGAUAUCUGGCUGAAUGAAAACUGUAAUGAACUGAAAAAGAUGAUCAACCACUUGGGGAUUUUAAAGCAGAAGAUUUGAAAGGCGAAUAUUCGGCUGCUGGCUGAGAAAUUUCUGUAAAGGAGAAAGUCGGCUCGCCGGUCAUGCAGCACUACGGGGUGAACGGCUACUCUCUCCACGCCAUGAAUUCACUGAGUGCCAUGUACAACCUUCACCAGCAGGCGGCGCAGCAAGCGCAACACGCACCUGACUACAGGCCCUCGGUGCACGCUCUCACUCUCGCAGAGAGACUGGCUGACAUUAUCCUUGAGGCCCGGUAUGGCUCCCAGCACCGAAAGCAGCGGCGCAGUCGAACAGCGUUUACCGCCCAGCAGCUGGAAGCUCUGGAGAAAACCUUCCAGAAGACGCACUACCCCGAUGUGGUAAUGCGUGAACGACUGGCCAUGUGCACCAACCUUCCUGAAGCUCGUGUGCAGGUCUGGUUCAAGAACCGUCGGGCCAAGUUUCGUAAGAAGCAGCGCAGCCUGCAGAAGGAGCAGCUCCAGAAACAGAAAGAAACUCAAGGAGCUGCUGAAGGUGUUACAGAGGACUCCAAGAAUGACCUCACUACCACCACCACCCUGGUUACUGAGACUCGCACUCCUCCACCUCCCUCCUCCUCUUCAUCCUGUCACUCAGAGACUGAGAGGCAGGCUGCAGCACGGCCCCAGCCUGGCGAGAUGAGCGUGGAAGUAAAUGUCACCUCCCCUGAACCAUCAGACAGCGAGUCAGCGGCAGAAGAUAAUGCUGACAGAGACGAGGACGAAAUGAGAGGAGAGACGAGGGUGAAACUAAGGGAGGAGAUGCAGGGAGAGGGGGGACCGCAGGCGGGGAGCAGCUCCCCAUCCUGUAAACGGCUGAGCCCCACAUCAGACUCUCCUUUGAGCUCCCCCGCCUUGCCAUCCUCCAGUAGUGUAACCAGUGGUCUAGCACAGAGCAACUCCUACGCUUCAUCUCCGCUCAGUCUCUUCCGCCUGCAGGAGCAGUUUCGGCAACACAUGGCCGCCACCAACAACCUGGUGCACUACCCAUCGUUUGACAUGAGCACGCCGUCCACUCUGCCCUACCUGGGCAUGAACGUUAACAUGCCUUCCCCACUGGGCUCGCUGCCCUGCCAGUCCUACUACCAGACCCUGUCGCAGGCUCAGCAGGUAUGGAACAACCCACUACUGCAGGCAACACCCGGCAACCUCCCAGGAAGCCUCAACAGCAAGACCACCAGCAUCGAAAACCUCCGUCUGAGGGCCAAGCAGCAUGCGGCCUCGCUGGGAUUGGAUACACUCCCCAACUGAAGCUAGGCUGCUCGUUCUACGUGUUUGGCGUCUAAGUCAGAGCCUUAACUGGAAAAUACAGGCCCUGCCAACAGGAGGUGACCCACCUCCAUCCUGACAUCUCACGACCAGCAAAACAACUUUGUGUAUCCACCCAGAAUUCUGACAUACCUCCAAAAACAUAUUAGAACUAUCUCCAGUUUAAUGCCAAUAUUAUUUGCUACUCAGUUGUCAUAAUGACAGAAACCCUCUGUUCAGAGUCUGUCCGCAUUUUAAAUUUGUGCUCAGAUAAAUUAAUUCAGCAGCAGAGAAUGUUUUGUUUGCACUUUUGUCAAUUUUAAACAAACCCAAUUUCAAAAAUAUCUCUAAGGACACACAAAGACCAUAAAGCAUGUUUUAGUGCAGUCAUUUUAGGGGCCCUCCUUUAACUGAAUGCCCAGGGUUGUCAGUUCAUAUAUUGCCCUUCUCCUCAACACCAUCAUAUGAGCAUGCAGCUCACUGCUGGGAGCACCCCGAAACACAAAGAGCAUCUCUGCUGGAUAGACUUAAGAGAAAAUAAGAUUAUGACAAGAACUCAAUGGACUUAAUGAAAAUCCUACCUGGAUUGAAGCUGUGACUAAGCAGCACUGUUUACCCGUGGAUCUUGCUCGUAUUUGACUCCAACUGGUCCAUAGCGUCAGGCAGUUCUAAUGAUUUGAGCUUCUUCUGUAAAGUCACUGCAGAAAGUCUUGAACUCCAGAGCUGUCAGUCUCGUUCCAGGACAGAUAUGAAGUAUUAAAAAAAAAUCUUAUAAUCCUACAAGAACAUGAACUAUGCAUGCUUGCACCCCACUGAAGCAUGGCUUACAGCCACACAACAUAGUUGUCAUGGUAUUGGCAACAGGAGGAAGGUCUGAUAUUAGAAGUAAAGCGCGAAUUGGUCAGUAUAAUCUCAUAAUCAAUUACGUUUUGACUCUGUUUGUUUAUCCCAGUCAGAGUUUUCAGCUCAGCUUCGAAGAACCCAUGGAGCAUUGUAAAUAUCCUUCAGCGUCUGUUCACCUGCCUGGGUAAAGAGUAACGCUAUGUCUCCCGUUUGAGAGGGAUUCAAGAGGAAACAGCCCACGUAUUUUCCAAUUUUGACUUUAAGCAAAGGACCUAACAAAAUAAAUGAAGUAAGGGGGAGAAUCUGCGGAUGAAGCACAGUUAUAAAUAAUUUAGUCCUGCCAACAUAUAUUUUUGUCAGACUGAACUCACCACUUUUCCUGAGCCAGUGGCUUCCGCAGAAAAAUGCGCAGGCCAGUUCUCUAUGUAUUAUAUGACUGUACAUUGGAAACAUGUAUUUCUCAUUCAUUUUAAAUGUGAGUAAUUUAUCUGUUCAAUGCA